GUCCAUCCCGUCCAGCACGCCAAUUCCCUCCCACCCCCCGGCCUUUUCUUUUCCCUUCUCACCUCUAGCUGUUCCUCUGUCUUUUUUAUUGCAGCUAGAAGUCGAGGCCGUGCACCAUGACGCUCUUUAUCCUUACGGAAACCAGUGCGGGCUAUGCCCUGCUCAAGGCCAAGGACAAGAAGCUGUUGAAGAGAGAUGAUCUGGCUACUGAGGCUUCCACCGCAGAGGGUGUUUCUAACCUUCUGAAGUUGAAGAGCUUCCAGAAGUUCGACAGCGCUGCUACCGCCCUGGAGGAGGUCGCUUCCCUCGUCGAAGGAAAGGUCACUCCUCGCCUGGCCAGCCUUUUGGACGAAGUCAAGGAUGAGAAGAAGGUUUCUCUGGCUGUCGCCGACCCCAAGCUCGGCAAUGCCAUUGGCAAGCUCCCCGGUCUCUCUAUCGAGCUGGUGGCCGACUCUUCCACCACCGAUGUUUUCCGUGCCAUUCGUGAACACCUGCCCACCCUCAUCCCCGGCCUUCUUCCUCAGGACAUGUCCACCAUGUCCCUUGGUCUGUCGCACUCUCUCGCUAGACACAAGCUGAAGUUCUCCCCCGACAAGAUCGACACCAUGAUUGUGCAGGCCAUUGGUCUGCUUGACGACUUGGACAAGGAGCUCAACAACUACGCCAUGCGUGUGAAGGAAUGGUACGGAUGGCACUUCCCUGAGCUGGCGAAGAUCCUGAACGACAACAUCGCCUACGCCAGACUUGUCCUCAAGAUGGGCAUGCGCACCAACUGGGAGUCUUCCGAUCUCGCUGAGAUCCUCCCCGAGGAGAUUGAGGGUGCCGUCAAGGCUGCUGCGGACCGCUCCAUGGGUACCGAGAUCAGCCAGGAGGAUCUGGAACACAUUCAAGCUCUGGCCGAGCAGGUCGUUGGCUUCGCUGAGUACCGUCAACAACUGGCUGGCUACCUUACUGCCCGUAUGAACGCCAUCGCCCCCAACCUGACUGCCCUCGUCGGUGAUCUGGUCGGUGCCCGUCUUAUCGCCCACGCUGGUAGCUUGACCAACCUGUCCAAGAGCCCCGCCAGUACUAUCCAGAUUCUGGGUGCCGAGAAGGCCCUGUUCCGUGCUCUCAAGACCAAGCACGACACUCCCAAGUACGGUCUGAUCUACCACGCCUCCCUGAUCGGCCAGGCCACCGGCAAGAACAAGGGUAAGAUGGCCAGAGUUUUGGCUGCCAAGGCUUCCCUUGGUCUGCGUGUGGAUGCUCUCGCUGAGUGGGACGACGAUGCCACCGAGGAGGACAAGGCUGCUCUCGGUACGGAAGCCCGCUACAACCUCGAGCGCAAGCUUGCCGCCAUGGAGGGCAAGCCCCUCAAGCCUCGUGGUGCUGCCAUUGCCCCCAACGGCGCUCCUCAGGCCCAGAAGUUCGAGAUCAACGAAGCCCGCAAAUACAACGCCGAUGCUGAUGCUGUUACGGGCGACGAGCCCGCUUCCGCUAAGAAGAGCAAGAGCAAGAAGCUCGUAGAGGAGGUUCAGGACGAGGAGAUGGCCGAUGCUGACUCCGAUGAGGAGUCUGACUCGUCCGACGAGGAGACCGACAAGAAGUCCAAGAAGAGCAAGGACUCUGAGCUCGAGAAGAUGGCCGAGAAGGCCGGUCUGAGCCUCAAGCGGUACAAGCGCAAGCUUGAGCGUGGAGAAAUCCAGUUCGACGCUGAGGGCAACCCCAGCGCAGUCAGCAAGAAGGACAUCAAGAAGGCCAAGAAGGAGUCCAAGAAGUCGGCCAAGGGUGAGGAGAAGAAGCGCAAGCGGUCAGACGACGGCGAAGUCGACAACUCCGAGAAGAAAAAGAAGAAGAAGAAGAAGGGUGAGGAGUAAAUUCGAAUGAAGUCCUCAAACAAAAAAGUUUCACAAUCAACACACCUGAUGGGAAUGCUUCAAAUUUCUGUAUGAUAUCACACCAUGUGGGCCGAAUUUCUUCUCUUUUUCCUCUUUUUCUCUCUAUCUCUGUUGCUAUUUUGCUUGAAGAUUACAUGUUUGGGUGGCAUUUGAUGGAUGGAUCUUACUAUCAUCCCCUGGCGCAGAGGUGCUUGUUGGUAUAAGGCAGUUCAAGUUCCAGAAAUAAUGUUCUUUCUGAGUUGGAUUUUCCCAUGGUAGUAGUAAUGUUUGUAGUUGCAAUGGUU